AUGUCAUCUCCAAAUCAACACAACUUUGCCAAGCCUACCUCAAUCACUGGAGGCUGUCUGUGUGGCUCCAUUCGGUACAAGGUCGAUUUUCCCAAGGAUCAUAAUUUCUUGAGAAAUAGCGAGAGCUGCCAAUGCACACAGUGCCGGCGAUGCACAGGAGCACUCAUUUGGCACUGUCACACCAUUCCCGUCAAGAGCCUCACCUACACCACGCCAACAACCACCUUGAAGGAUUUCCAUGCUACGGAAGAAAUCAAGCGCGGAUUUUGCACAAACUGCGGGAGCUUUCUGUACUUUUGGGAAGAGGGCGACGACAAGAUCUUCAUAUCGGUUGGUUGUGUGGAUCCCGAGUACCUCGUUGGCGAGCCGGGCAAGCACGACGGCGGCUACGGUUAUGCCUUGGCCAGCACGUCGGGGGACAAUGUUUUCUGUGAGAAUGAGAUCCCCGGGGUGACGGCGGGUUGGAUUGGAAAGACGGGCAAGAGGUGGGCAAAGAACGUUCGCGACGGGGUCCGGGCUGCUAUACCUGGAACGAGGCAUGAUUCGAAACUAUAA